GGCAAAUUAAAGAGAGAAUAAAAGUGAAAAGAAAUGGCAGGUCCUUCUUCAUGCGGAGCAUGCAAGUUCUUGAGAAGACGAUGCUCCAACGAAUGCAUUUUCGCGCCUUACUUUUGUUAUGAAGAGGCAGCUAAUCAUUUCGCCGCUGUUCACAAGGUGUUUGGAGCAAGCAACGUUUCAAAGCUACUGUUUCACCUCCCCAUGCACUGCCGCGGUGAAGCUGCUAUGACCAUUUCAUAUGAAGCCUUGGCUAGGAUGCACGAUCCUAUUUAUGGCUGCGUUGGUCACAUUUUUGCACUCCAGCACCAGGUAGCUAGCCUCAUUGAGGAGAUUGAAAUUAUGGAGAACCAAAUAGCCACCUGUCCAGCUGAAGUGCCCAUGCAGAACAACAUUCAUACGUUACAAUAUUCCUUGGAAUGCAAUAACAUGAACUUGGAAAAUAACCAUGUGAAUCAUAGUAUCACAUCGCCAUCAGAUGUCAUUGAUACAUUAGCGAAUGAAGCUUUCGGUACCCACAUGAUGAAUCCAGAGCUUCCAGAGAUAAAUGGAUUUUCCAUUCCCUUCUUUGAUUUUGAUUUAGAUAUCUCAGACAGAGUCUUUGAAGGGCCAGGCCCAAUUCAUCAAUCUCCACUUGCUAUCUUUAGUGACUGGGAACAAUUUUAGCUGAAGAAAGUCAAGGUUUUCCUCGAAGGGGGCUUGUUUUGACAUCAAAAGGAAACUCUAUCCUGCACUCAUGCAUUGAUAUGUUUUAUGUUGUAUAUAUAACGAUGUUCGUUCUAAUAUAUCCUAGACAAAUUUUGGAU